AUGGAACGCGUUCGAAGGGCGCUGGGUCGUCAAAACUCGGCUACAUCAACAUCAGAAUAUGAGCCGUUGACUGGCAAUGAGGAGGCGACCCCUCUAGAAGGAUCUACAGUGCUCGAAGGCCAGCACGAGCUGCCGUUCUCAUGGGUGGAAUACAGCAUCUUUGCCCUGUUGGGCGUUGCCAUGCUCUGGGCUUGGAACAUGUUUCUUGCUGCGGCUCCUUAUUUCACAGCUCGAUUCGCAGGCGAUGCUUGGAUCCAGGCUAAUUUCCAGUCUGCCAUCUUGACUGUCUCUACUAUUACUAAUCUUGGUGCCAUGCUUGUCCUUACGAGCAUCCAGUACUCUGCAUCAUAUCCUUUUCGAAUCAAUCUGGCUCUCGUUAUUAACGUGGUCACAUUUGGUCUGCUAACAGCUUCCACUGUCCUCGGCCUUGACGCAUCACCUACAAUUUAUCUUGUGUUUUUGCUCGCCACUGUUGCUGCUGCCGCCUGCGCCGCUGGUCUCAUCCAGAACGGCGCAUUUGCCUUUGCUGCCAGUUUCGGCCGCCCAGAGUAUAUGCAGGCCAUCAUGGCAGGCCAAGGCAUCGCCGGUGUCCUCCCUCCCAUCGCGCAAGUCUUCACUGUCCUCGCCUUCCCUCCUGAUACAGACCAAAACACCAAAAGACCGUCCCCUGAAGAUGGCCAAACAUCAGCCUUUGUCUACUUCCUCACCGCCGUAGUUGUCUCGGUCGCUGCGCUGGUCUCCUUUAUCCCAUUGGUCCGCCGCCAUAAUCACAUUAUUGAGAACCGCAUGGUCGAGCAAAUGAACGAGUCUAUGCAUAGUAUCGAGGAGGCCGAACGUGCCGCUCGUAAGGUUACAUCCCUCUGGCGGCUUUUCACAAAGCUUCACUGGCUUGCCAUUGGUGUGGCGUUGACGUUCACCGCAACUAUGUUCAUGCCCGUCUUCACAGCUAAAAUCCAUUCUGUGAAAGAAAGCUCCGGGACUAUUUACCAGCCCGCCGCCUUUAUUCCCCUCAGUUUCUUCUUUUGGAAUUUGGGCGACUUGAGUGGGCGUAUAGCCACAAUACUGCCAUUCUCCCUAAGACACCGCCCAUUUGCACUUUUUGUCCUAUCUAUCCUCCGAUACGGUAUUCUACCGCUGUACUUGCUUUGCAAUAUUGACGGCCGUGGCGCCGUUGUUUCGAGCGAUUUCUUCUACCUUGCCGUUGUUCAGUUAAUCUUUGGUCUCACCAACGGCUGGCUCGGGUCUAGCUUUAUGAUGGCGUCGGGCGAGUGGGUAGACGAAGGUGAGCGUGAGGCUGCCGGCGGCUUCAUGGGAUUGUGCCUCGUUGCAGGGUUGUCAAUUGGGAGUGUCCUAAGUUUCACGGUGGCAGAUAUUUAG